AGUAAAAGGCCGAAGCCCUAUGAACCUAUCUUCCUCAUCGGCCCAUUAAACCAUUAGGCCCAUUUGUUUUCUACGGAGGAAUUUGAUUUCCUUUGCAUCAGCAGAAAUCGAGCUUCUUCCGUCGUUCUCCUCUUCAAUUUGGGGCUAGGUGAUGUGAUUAUCGUUACGUUUCUUCAUCACUCAUCAGUGAUUCUGGCGAAUCUCAAGCUUCCAUGGCUCUCAAUCUCCGUCAGAAACAGACUGAAUGUAUAAUCCGUAUGCUAAAUCUGAAUCAACCUCUGAAUCCAAGUGGAACUGCGAAUGAAGAAGUUUACAAGAUCUUGAUCUACGACACAUUCUGUCAAAACAUUCUAUCACCAUUGAUCAAUGUCAAGGAUCUGCGUAAGCAUGGAGUUACACUCUACUUUCUCAUAGACAAAGAUCGAAGGCCCGUUCAUGAUGUCCCUGCUGUCUACUUUGUUCAGCCCACUGAAUCCAACCUACAGAGGAUCAUAGCUGAUGCUUCUAGAUCUCUCUACGAUACCUUUCAUCUGAAUUUCUCGUCUUCGAUCCCUCGCAAGCUUCUUGAAGAGCUAGCUUCCGGGACUCUCAAAUCUGGUUCUGUUGAUAAAGUCUCGAAAGUGCAUGAUCAGUAUCUGGAGUUUGUGACUUUGGAAGAUAACUUGUUCUCUCUGGCUCAGCAAUCUACCUAUGUUCAAAUGAAUGAUCCAUCAGCCGGGGAUAAAGAGAUCGAAGAGAUAAUCGAAAGGGUUGCUAGUGGUUUGUUUUGUGUCUUGGUAACGCUCGGUGUUGUCCCUGUUAUCCGGUGUCCUCGUGGUGGACCGGCAGAGAUGGUGGCUUCUUUGUUGGAUCAGAAACUGAGGGAUCAUCUUUUGUCCAAGAACAAUCUGUUUACUGAAGGUGGCGGUUUCAUGAGCUCGUUUCAGCGUCCGCUCUUGUGCAUUUUCGAUAGGAAUUUUGAGCUCUCGGUUGGGAUUCAGCAUGAUUUCAGAUACCGGCCUCUUGUUCAUGACGUUCUCGACUUAAAGCUCAACCGAUUGACCGUGCAGGCAGAGAAAGGAGGAAAGAAAUCGUUUGAUCUGGACAGUGCUGACCCAUUCUGGUCAGCAAACAGUUCUCUGGAGUUUCCAGAAGUCGCUGUGGAGAUUGAAACGCAGUUGAACAAGUACAAGAGAGACGUGGAGGAGGUUAACAAGAGAACCGGCGGUGGGAGUGGCACUGAGUUUGAUGGGACAGAUCUGAUCGGAAACACCAAACAUCUCAUGAACGCUGUGAAUUCGCUCCCGGAAUUAACUGAGAGAAAGCAAGUGAUUGACAAACACACCAACAUUGCAACCGCGCUCCUAGGACAGAUCAAGGAGAGAUCUAUCGACGCUUUCACUAAGAAAGAAAGCGAGAUGAUGAUGAGAGGUGGAAUCGACAGAGCUGAACUUAUGGCUACUCUAAAAGGCAAAGGUACAAAGAUGGACAAGCUCCGGUUUGCAAUCAUGUACUUGAUUUCCACAGAGACCAUAAACCAAUCCGAAGUGGAAUCCGUGGAAGCAGCAUUGAACGAAGCCGAGGCUGACACAAGCGCGUUUCAGUACGUGAAGAAAAUCAAAUCCUUAAACGUAUCUCUUGCAGCUUCUUCAGCGAACUCAGCGAGUAGAAGCAACAUUGUAGACUGGGCCGAGAAGCUUUACGGACAGUCUAUAAGCGCAGUCACUGCAGGAGUGAAGAAUCUGUUAUCUAGUGAUCAACAAUUGGCAGUGACUCGAACCGUUGAAGCUUUAACAGAAGGAAAACCAAACCCAGAGAUCGACUCUUACCUCUUCCUGGACCCAAGAGCUCCAAAGUCUUCUAGCUCCGGUGGUAGCCACGUGAAGGGACCGUUUAGAGAAGCUAUAGUGUUCAUGAUCGGUGGAGGUAACUAUGUUGAGUACGGGAGUUUGCAGGAGCUGACUCAGAGACAGUUAACCGUUAAAAACGUUAUAUAUGGAGCCACUGAGAUUCUUACCGGAGGUGAAUUGGUGGAACAGCUUGGACUUUUGGGAAAGAAGAUGGGAUUGGGAGGUCUGGUCGCUUCAACGUCAUCGUCUGGUCACUGAGUGUUAGACACUGUUGCUUUCUUUUUUUCUUUUGGCUUUUCAGAGAGUUUUUUUUUUGUUUCCUACAUCAAUGAAAAAUUUAUAAAUCU